AGCAACUGCAGCAAAAUCAUAGCUCGAUGAGACUAGCGUGUGUGCUGCGACUCGCGAGCUGGAGAACUGAGAGAGUGUUCCGGUCAUCUUCUGACUUCCCCGUUCCUCAGCGAAUCAGUUUGGGUAAGGCACAAGGGAUGGCAUCGAGCAGUGCUUCGCCGUUGAUUAUCCGCCUGGUGUCAGCCUCCGUGGCGAUAGCCAACAGAGCCGGGAGCAUCAUCCGAAAAAUCAUGAAAGAUGGGUCGCUGAACAUCGUGCAGAAGGGUGGGGAAGGUAUCUUUGACCCGCAGACUGAGGCAGAUAGGAGAGCACAGCAUUGCAUCGUAGCCUCACUGAUAACAAGAUUCCCUGGAAUUACAGUCAUUGGAGAAGAGGAAUUGGAGAAGGAAAGAUUGAGGACAGGCAGAUAGAGAUGGGAGAGUCUGAGGACGUGUUGGCUGUAGAGUGUCCCCCAGAGUACCAAGACGUUGACCUCAAUGAUGUUGUCGUAUGGGUUGAUCCUGUCGACGGCACCACAGAAUACACUCAGGGCUUCUUGGACCACGUCACUGUUCUUAUAGGUGUGGCUGUCAAGGGAGUUGCAGUGGGGGGAGUCAUACACCAGCCGUACUUCAACUACAAGACGUCGCCCGUGGAGGAGCAGGGGCGUACCAUGUGGGGCAUUCUGGGCCUUGGGGGCUUUGGGUUCGAGCACAAGGAAUCGACACAGCGGGUCAUCACCACCACGCGGUCGCAUUUAACUGAGGAUGUGCAGAAGACCAUUGAUGCCAUGAAGCCGGAUGAAAUCCUGAGAGUUGGGGGUGCCGGACACAAGGUGAUACUUCUGCUGGAGGGUACAGCCAGUGCCUACAUUUUUGCCAGUCGCGGCUGCAAGAAGUGGGACACGUGUGCUCCAGAGGCAAUCUUACAUGCAGUAGGAGGCAAAUUGACAGACUGUCACAACAAGAGGUACACCUACAACAAGGAUGUUGAUCACAUAAAUACGGGUGGGGUGAUCGCUGCUUACAGUAAUCACCAAUUCUAUGUUGAUCGGGUACCCAUGUCUAUACGAGAAAAACUGCCCACACAGUGCGUCGAGUGAGCUCGGUGGUGCACGGCGACAACGAUCCGCCAGCAAAAAAAAAUGAGGUUUGGACAGUUUGAUUGCAGUCAACCAUCACAUGCACUGAUCACCAAGGGCACAGACAACCAGGAAAUGGUUUGAAAUAGCGGGGUUUGACCAGAAGAGAUGAUGAAGCAGUGAUGAUGGGAACGGUCGGAAGGUUUGAUCAAUCAGUUAUCACCAGAAAUGAACAGUUGAACACUGCAUUGGAUUCCAGUACUAUGGAAGGCCUCAUCUUGUGAAGGGGGGAUCGCAUGUUUGUUACAAAACACCUCCUUUUUUAUUUUAUAGAAAGAAGGAUGAAAAUUGGACCACUUGUUUUUAAUACUGACAGCUUUUUAUGAACUUAAAGAUCUACAUCGGGGAUGUAGUCUGAUGUAAGUCCAAUACUCUAUGUGAAUUGCGUAUUAGCAAAAAAAAUCAUCAUUACAUUCCAAACUAUUGUAUUAAGCAAAAUCCGUUGCAUUUGGUCCAUGGCACUGAAUGGUCCACAAUUGCUGAAUUGUGCAAAAGUUAAUAUUCGCAAGGGGAAAAAAAAUGGAAAAAUCAGAAAUCUGCUUGGACUAGCAUGGAAAUUUCACCAUGGUAGUGCUGUGAAAAGCAAAGUUAAUGACAGGAAACAAGUUGGGGUCAGAAGAAAACAAAAAUGUGACUGGUGAUUGCAUUUUGUGGUGUUCAACUGCCAUUUCCUUAAUGAUUAAGGAUACACUUCACUAGUUUUUACUCUAUGCAGCAGAACGAUAUAUAUACUGGUAUAUGUACUAUAUAUAUAUAUUAAAAAAAAAAAAAUUGUGGUAUGCACGCAACAUGAUGGAACAUUUUUGCUUCCUGCCAGAGACAAAGGCCAAGACUGAAUUUGAAUUUGUGCAAAGUACAUGUACAUUUAUUGACUGUGACAAAAAGUGACGUUAUAGGACAGUAAAAAAAAGGACAGAUGAUAAACAUUUACCAACCAGUGGUCUGUUGCAGGUUUCAAUUGUUUAUAAUUUGAUAUUUCUUUGUGUGAAGGAAUAUGCAGCAAUGACCAUACUUUUAUCUGGCUUUACAAACUAAAGUUUGUCCUGGGAUACAAGUAAUCCAUAAGCAGUGUUCUGCCCAUGUGAUGCAAUGGAGGGUCUGCACUGGGUACCGGGUGUGCACUGGGUACCGGGUGUGCACUGGGUACCGGGUGUGCACUGGGUACCGGGUCUGCACUGGGUACCGGGUGUGCACUGGGUACCGGGUCUGCACUGGGUAGCGGGUCUGCACUGGGUACCAGGUCUGCACUGGGUACCUAUUUAAACUCAAUCGGAACCCACAUCAGCUCUGGACUUGGGACUGUAACCUAUCCGUGAGAUCAGUUCAGGGUCCAGCAAGUGGGGUAACUGCUGAAGGCAUAGAGUGUAACUUGCUCUGUCUCAUUUCACUGAGGAUGGCAUAAGAAGAAUGCUCCUUUUGCCCUCGACAGUAAUUUGCGUAGAAUUACUGGCAAGGGUAGAGAACCCAUUUUGAAUCGUCGCAAAAUGUGUAGAGAACCCAUUUUGAAUCGUCGCAAAAUGUGUGUAACUGGAAAUUGGCUCAUUGGUCAGUUUGCACGGAGGGGUUGAAUUUUGAUAUUCUUGUCUGCACGGUUCCCUUGUGAGAGUGGAAGCAGGCACCAUGGGCUGCCACCUAAUAAGUCAAGAAAGGGUGGACUUACGCAACCUCACACUGCACCUUGAUAUUCAUUGCUGGUUACACCAGACAAACACCCCCACCCACACACCUCUCAAUUUUAGGCAUGUGGAAAAUUUUCUGUCAGAGUGAGAAAGUGAGUAUGAACCGAGGAAGGGGGUUGUGGUGGGAGGAAACACCACGAAAAGGCACAAGAAAAGAAACACAUGCUUGAAAAAACUUGUCACGUUACUCAUGUUCUUAAAGGUAGUCUAAUUUGGUACACAGCCGUAAACGGAAAUACACUGGACUGAAUAACAGGAGCGAGACUGCACAGAUUACUAAACCAAACAUUACAUUGAAUUCAUAUUCAGUCGGACAAAGAAGUCUUUUAUUUUUUGUAAAGAUUUUAACCGGAAAAUAUAUUUUGAUUUUGUGUGGACUGUUUCUUUUUAAUUGUGUUCUUAAGAACCAGUAUAUCAUGCAAAGAAGUUACAGUCACUUCCCACUGUAGUAAGGAACUGUUCCCCACAGUAUAUUCAGCUUUAUUCUUGUACAGAAUAUUUGAAAGAGAAAAUUGUAAAGUAUAAUUAUUAUUUCCAAAUAAGCUUGCGGAAAAAUGUAUCGGUAUUGUAGAGAAUCAUACAGCAUUGAUGUUGAUAUUCAAAAUAAUUGUCUCAAGUUUAACCGAAAGAGAUGUUAUUUUCAGAGUUAAGAAAUAAUUAAGGAAGAAACUUGUAUAUUAUAGCAAUAUAUAGGAAAGUGAAUUUGUCUGUAUAAACACAUUUUGUGGUGUAUUUUAAAUGCAACUGCCGUGAAUGUUCUGUAUGUAAACUAUAUAUGGGUAUGACAAUGCUUGAUGUAUAUGCAAACGGGGCCAAGGGAAUGUGUAUAUGAAUUCUCUACAAACGUGUCUUAGAUUGUUAACGAUGGUAAUUUUCAUAGGACAUUUUGGCAAGACUAGAAUCUCCCAAUACAGUGACCAGUGAAGCAUCUGAAGAGAAAUCCAGCCAAACCAGAUCGCACAAUUGAAGUAAACCAUCUUCGAUUUUCUUGUAUGUUUUACCAGCAAGGCCUGACUGCAUGUAAAGUAAACAACUAUGAAGCAUGGUCAGCUUAACCCUAAAAGAGCCAGGGGUGGGUGGUAAAACCCACCCCCAACUUUUUUUAAUAUCGUCGACAUAGUUUUUCAUGUCCUAAGCCUUCAAUGUCUUGCAACCAUUUUGACACCAGUUUCGUGAAAAUCAGACAUAAAUGUAUGUACAUUUACUGUUUCCACAAAAUGGUUUUAUUUUUCUCAUGACAGAUCAUUCAGAAAGUCUACUUUUACCCAUUGUUGUGCUCAAUGCAUGCAGGCUGACAUGCAUGAGGCCAUAGUUUAGACUUCAAAUGACCAUAAGAAAACCCUGUGUAAGAUGGACUUAUGGGACAGCUGAAAUCAUUCCCCAUCCAAAUUAAAACCCAAGCUCUUUUAGGACCUCAUCCCAAAGUGUUGACUUAUAGAAGUUGGCAUCUAGCAUCUGCAGCCAUUUCUCAUAGAUUUGUCUGUUAGCCACCGGGUGCUGCCAAACUUUCGUAUGCAGCCUACUUUUGCAAUGCUCGAGUCAGGGAAACACUUGUUAGUCACUGUUGUCUGGGGUUACUGGUAAAAUCAGGUCUCAUUAAUUUGGGACCAUUGCUUUGGAGGAUUCAAGUCUUGCCAGAACCACAAAGUAAGAAACUGUUCUCUUUAAAUUGUAAGAUAGUUGUACCUUGAACUUUGAGAAAAAAAAGAAAAACAAACAAAAAUAUGAAUGGAAGCCUAGCUGAUGAAUGGCAGUUGCAUUGAUCACAUUUGGUUUGAUUCUAUGCCUGAAAGUUGUUGGUCUGUUAACUUGGAAGUUAAAGAUAUUAUUUCAGUGGACCAGGACCAGUGUAAGAGCUCUUCUUGCUAAAAGUAUCUUUACUUUAUCGAAUAAAGUCUUGCAUUAACAGCAUUUCACAUUGGCUGGCAAUAUAUGACUCAAAUAGCUUAUAUUAACACCCCUUUGUGAUAAGUGCUAAAAUUCCUGUCAGCAGGGAAGGUGGAUCCUCUGCUAUCCAUGUAAUUCUAUGGUAAGCGUAGCCAGGAAAUUGGGCCCAACAUUCUACUGUCAAUUUCUGUUGCUAUGGAAGAGAUGGAGAAUGUUGUGACCUUCCAGUUUGUGCAAUUGCAUUGGCUGCCAAAGGCCACUGUUUGUGGCAGACAAUUCACGCCUUUGCAAGGAAGUUUGGCUGGCGCAUACACUGUACAUGUACAUUGUGUAAGGAGUCAGGUAGUCAUGUCGUACAGAAUGAGGAACGGGUCCUCUAACCUUGACAUGUUUGUAGAAACUCUUUCAGUGGUUACACAAACAAAAUUGGAAAAGACCACCUCACUUUCACUUCAUUUUGAGUCACAUGUGUGUGCACAUGCACCGAGUACCACAGUUUUUGCUCACACAAGAAAAUCCCACCAUUUGUUGCUGUGUGGCAGACAUGUGGAACAUCUGAUGACAGUGCCUCCAACUUGCAAGAGGAAAAGCUCUUGCCUCUCUUGCCCCUGGUUCUGGCCUACAGCCUUAAGAUGUAACAGAAGGAAGAUGAAACUUCCCAUGUCCCUGCCAUUUUCAGGUAUUUAGUCUAAAAAGUAAAUGGAUAUCAUGGUGAACAAACAAGUGUCAUGUAAGUGCCCUUUGCUUUUCUUGGUCACAGUGCAAUCUGACAUUCAUGCACAGUCCAUAAGGCCAAUACCCCAAUGACAUUACACUUCGUUCUUCACUCUGGAGCCAGAAAGGGGCCCAUGGUCCACUAGGUACCGUAGGAAAAUACAAAAGUCAACAAAGUGUGGUGUUAUCAAUGUCUGUAAGAGCUGUUGCUACUGAAUUAGACGGGAUGCAUAAGUCACUAGCAGUGACAAGACUGUGCAAUUCAUGAGCUGAGUCCCAGAGUUUUGGCUGCGGCUUGGCGUAACACAUGUGUCUUGGGGAAGUGGAUUCAGCUUAUAUCUAAUACCUUUCAUAGGUGCACCCAUUCUUGUCAGCCAAAGUCAGACUUUCAGACGCAGCAAUAGAGUACACAAAUUCAGACAGGUGUUAAAAGAGUACAAUGAAUGCUGUUAAAGAUCCUUCUCUAAUGUCAUUAUUUUACUUUCUCAGCCGACUUGAAGAACAUUGAAGGUGAUUGGUUUCAAAAUGUAAUUUUAAUAGUUAACUAUUGUUUGACUAUUGAUACAAAAACAAAACAGUACUGUACGUAAUUGCUGUAAAUGUACCUUGUAAAUUUACAAGAAUAGCUUUAUUUGGAAUCAAGUUUUUUGUUUGGCCAGUGUAUUAGAAUAUUUUUAUCAAAUAUUUUAUUAUGAAAUUCUGAAAACAAAUUAAACGUAGCAAUUGUAAUUUUGACUUCAAGCUGGCAUAAUGUAUCUAUCUGCAACUGGAACUUUGUACGGCUAUAGAUUAUUUUAAGGACAAAUUAUAAGUCUUUUUGCAAAACCUACAUGUACAACUCCAAUUUUCCAGCGUAGUCUUUCAGAUGUUAGCUUAGAAUAUUGCUGGAUGUUGGGCAUUGUUGAUGCUUGUUAAUGACUUGUUCAUUAGUGUUGCUUGAUUAGUUUAGCUUUGCCAACCCCCAAGUUCAUACCCUUUCAUAUUUUGAAAUUGUGAUUUCCUCAAACCUGCAGAUUUGUUUCUUUACCAUUAGAGUGAGUAGAAAUUUAGACUUCAACUCCAUCCCUUAAGGUGUGGGUAAAUUUUGUAUGAAAAUCUGAAAACAUUAGGGGAGGCAGGUUGAAGUUUACCUCCGAUGCAUGGUAUAGAUUUAAGUACUGAAAUCAUUGCUGUCUUUAUAAGCCACUUAUAAUCUACUCUUGCUGUUUCUUUGUACUGCAUAGAUAAGUGCAUAGAUUGCUUUAUGAAAGAAACAAAUUUAGUCACAAAUUACCUGUACAUUUCAAAAUGGCAUUGUCGAGUAGUUCAUGCCAGGUGACGUUUCUUAAUCCUUAAACAUGUCAUUUUGUAGAACAUUUCCCUGGAUUCUUUGUUGCGGUCAAUCUUGUGUUUUGACUUGGUUUUUACAGAUUUGUUAUAACUUUCAGUGUCUAUAUAAGAGUUUAUAUCACAGUGACCCUCAGAAUUUUUUAUAUUGUUUCCUAAAUGAAAAAAAAACCUGUUUGUGCAUAAAUGUAUAAUUUUUCUCAGUAGCACUUGGGCAAUUUUGUUGUAGCUUUGUACUAGCCUAGUCUAACACAGCAAUGAGAAUGAGGCUUUUUAAUAGCCAGGCACGGUCCUGUGCCUGUGACAUGUUUGCUCACCUCAAAGAAGUCAUAGGAAGCUAGACUACAAAUGACCCACAGAUUAGAGCCCUUGGUUGCACUAAUAAAUUUCUGCACAGAGUGUGAAAAGCAAAAUUCCACUCGCAUUUUGGAAAGGUCUGAUUUGUGUCCAACUGGGCAGAAGUACUUGCACUCAGUAAUUUCACAGGUGUUAGUGGUGUCAAAGUCCCCCAUCAACUGGGUAGUGGUUCCUCUUAAAUAAACCAUCAAACAUCUUGGUGCUUAAUGCAAACUGCUACGUACAUUCCAAGUAUAGUAAACUUUUCAUAAUGAAACUCUGAGGUGAAGAACACAUGAGUAGAAUUGACUUUCAUUAGACAGUAAUAUUUGAGGAUUAAACGUAUGAAAAAAAGACAA